AUGCUUUGCGGCGAGCUGAACGCCAACCUUAAAUGCCGUUAUUGUCUCUAUUGUCCAUUCACAGGAGUUUCCUCGCAACCGGAUGUCUUUGACCCCAUCACGGAUGAGGAAACUUUCGACACAGGAGUCAUUAUUAAAAAAAGUUUAAGCGACGAUGUCAUUCGGAGAGACAUGUUGGAUAUUAAGGAGGAACAAUUUUAUCAUGGAGAUGAAAGUUGCAAGAAAUUCUCUAAAAAGAGUAAUAUUUCCCUUUCAUCUGAGAGUUCACACAAAAGAAAACCAAUACAGCUGGGACAUUGCAGUUAUGCCUUCUCACAAAAAAGUAAUCUAGUGAGACGUAUGAGAGUUCAUAAAAAGAAGAAUCCAUAUAACUGUGAGAUUUUCAACAAAGGAAUAUCUGAGAAAGGUCAUCUUAUAAAGCAUAUGAGAGUUCAUACAAAAGAGAAGUCAUACAACUGGAUAUUUGCAACAAGACCUUCUCACGGAAGCUCAUAUAGUGAGCCAUAUGAAGUAACAUACAAAGGGGAAGCCAUAUAA